AUGAAUUUAAUUCUGAUAAGUUCUAGUGAUAUAAUUGACACUAAUAAUACGUAUACUGCGGUACUUAAGAAUAAUCAUUUUCUUCACUGUGUUAAUGUACUAAAAUCAAAAAUCGGUGAUACUUUGCGCAUAGGAGUUAUUAAUCAUGGCCAUGGCCUAGCCAUAGUUAAAAAUAUUACUAAUGAAUAUAUAACAAUUGAAUUGGAACAGCCUCUGCAUUUGAUAAAAUGUAGUAAUACUGUGCCAGUGUUAGACAUAGCAUUUGUCAUACCUAGACCCAAAGCCAUAGAUAAUUCGAUAAAAAUUGCUGUAACAUUAGGAGUAGGCAAAAUUUCUCUAAUCUGUACGGAUAACAUCGAGAAAAGUUAUCUAUUGUCAAGUCACAUAACACCAACAAGUGUGGAAUCUUGUAUUAAAAAAGGAUUGGAACAAUGUAUGGAUACUAGACCCCCUUCAGUUGACUUGUUUAGAUCUUGGAACCACUUUAUCGAUUAUCUUAAUACUAAUAUUAAUUAUUAUAAGUUGAUAUAUGUACUGCACGAUAAGGGCACAGACGAUUUGUCACACGUUAUUGAUCAUCGAUACGGACCUAUUUUGCUUAUAAUUGGUCCAGAAAGGGGCUGGUUAGAUGCUGAAAUUGAUAAAUUUGAGUCAUUAAAUUGUAGAAUACUAUCUCUCGGAUCCAGAAUACUAACCUGUUCUACAGCGUUAUCAGUUUCAUUAGGCUUAUUUAGUAAUCUACUAACCAAUAAAUCGUUACGAAAUGGACUACAUCCGGCUAAUAGAAAUGCAAAUGUUAUACCUGGAAAUUUACUAAACUAA